AACGUCAACAUCAUUCUCUUUUCUUUCUGCAGACUGCUGCCCACAAAGUUAUAUUUCUCCCUACGCACGAAACCCCCAACCUGCCGAGAGAUUAGACGUCAUCAUCAAAGGGUCCAGCCAGCCGACGAAUCGCGGUUCAACCCCCAGCAUCCCUCAUCCUGGUUUACCCCCGCCAGCUCUCACGUGGGUUGAUCAUCAGGGCUCCAACGGCAUCUCUCGGAGCACAAAAACAAGCGCGACAACGAUUUCCAGACUCGAUUCGGCCAAUAUUCAACAGCCAAUCAACCGCUUGACAUACCAACUUGGCCCUGACCAACGUUUCUCGCAAAGACCAGCCUGUCGGCGUCCACCCCUCCCUUCUCUGCCACGCCACUUUGCUACAUAGUAGCGGGAGCCUCAGUUGUGUCCCAGACAGCCGUCAGGAACCAUAAGCCACCUGAUAUUACUUGGCCCGCUGCACAUCAUCCCGAGAAACACGUCCCAUUCUUUCUGUACAUACGGGACAGCACGAACCCUAUCGGUAUACCGUGGGGAAUAAGCCAAAUACCAUGGGGAAACCCAAAAACUCAACCGCCGGCAAGACAAAGGCCGGCUCUAGAACUAAUAAUGGCGGCGGCAACGCAAAGUUGACAACAACCGCCUCGAUUCCCGCCGCACCGCCCGCAUGGCCCCAAUUCAAACCGCCGUUACCGGUCACCGACCUGGCUGCCGACCAGCUCGCUUCUUGCCCGGACAAGGUCGUCCUGAUUCGCAACUUUUGGCCAAAAUCCCUCUGCAGUGCCUAUGUCACUUUUCUGAGGGGUUUACCGCUGAUCACCACCCCUGGUCGGCCUAAGCGGGGAGAAGCGGUUAGAGUGAAUGACCGUUUUCAAGUGCAGGAUGCUGCCUUUGCUCAACGCCUGUGGACGGAGACUGGACUGCGCGAAUCGCUUGCUCAAGAAGACAUUCAGGGUUUAUGGGGCGGUGAAGUCGUUGGUCUGAAUCCCAAUAUUCGCAUCUAUCGUUACUCCAAGGGCCAGUAUUUCGAUGCACAUUACGACGAUUCGAACAAGGUAUCACUCAACAUCGACCCCUCCUCCGGGCCCGUCACGUGCAAGACAACCUGGACGCUGCUCCUCUAUCUUACCUCUUCCGCUGAGGGCUGUGUUGGCGGCGAGACCGUCUUCUUUCCCAACGACCACCGCUCCGCCAAGGAGGAGAUCCCGGUCGCUCUCGAAACGGGCAUGCUCCUCUUACACAAGCAUGGCGACGACUGCAUGCUGGUAAGUCUCUUCUGUUCAGAUUUUUCAGCCCUUCAGUCCUCGGUACUAUCAAAAACUCCAUGCGUCCUCCCCUGAUCCCCGGACGAACCAUGGUCAUAGCCAGAUGCACCUGAACCUGUCGUUUUUUUGCGCAACAUUGAUCGUUGCCACUACGAUGUAUUCGCUGGCACUUCGCUCUCCAGUGCCUUUUUUUUUCAUUGCUUUUCAUGGCGCGAAACGAGGACCCAACCACGGCCACCUCAGCUGCGGCCUCACCUCUCCAUCUCUCUGCCUCUUCCUUUCUCACGCUUCUCUGGCUGUGCUCCAAUCCCAUCACUUCAAAGUUCCCCUCCCAACCACCGAACUCGAUAUGUCCACUCUGCACCACGGUACCUAGCAACCUGGGCAGCACAACAGUACCCCUGCAUCUCUCCCGCCUACACUACCUGCCUGUCCCUUGAUCCUUUUUUUUUUUUUUCAAUCGUACCAGGUCGCAGCGAAGGCCACUGCAGACUGACACAUGUUCCACUUAUCAACAGCACGAGGGGCGCGAGGUCAGCGCAGGCGAGAAGUGGGUGCUGAGAACAGACCUUUGCGUCAGGAAGUGAAGAAAGAAGGGGAGUGAGUGAGAGAGGAGAGCGAGAGAUUUGCGAUCAGCGACCUAACCAUCAAGCAACAUCCUUACUUCCCCUGCACUGUCUUCUUCUGCUUCUGCUUCUGCUUCUACUUCGACUUCUUCCUCCCGAUCCGCCUUUUUUUUGGUCUUUUUUUUUUAUGCCCGCUCGGACGUGGAGCAAACCAAAGCAGCUGAAGAGAGCACACAUCGUUCUCGGUUUCUUUUCUCACUCCCCUUUCCCCCGUUUCCUUGCCCGCCUCCCCGUUCCCCAAUCCACUGCCUUGGUACCAGUCAUCGCCACGCCACUCUGAGAACGGCCCUUUCCUGGGUUCCAAGACAAUGAUGAACCCCGUCCGAUCACGGAAUCUUACGCGGGAUCCUACCCCCCCCUCUUAUUUGAUCAGAUAUUGCUGGAUCGUAUGGAGAAGCGGGAACAGAAUGCUGCAACACGUCUGAUGGAAGUGGGACCAUACACUUCGACAGUGCGCUGGCCUCUAGGUCAAGUGAUCUCGCUGUAUGCAUGCUGCACCCGAUUAGGUUUUGCCGUUUGAUCGACGAUGAUGUUGUGGACGGACGUGGGCUGAGUAAAACAGGACAGACAAGUCUGUCGUCGUCGUCGUCGUCGUCGUCGAGCUUGGCUAGAACAUGUUGGAAGAACGUUGGAGACAUGUAGGUCACACAGGGCAAGUUGAAGGAGAGGAUGGACACUGGCUACGAAUUAGCUAUGGGUGGCAUUUCGUACCGGAGGAUUACCGGUGGGAGGGGAGUGGACAAUGGAGUCAAUCUGAUGCCCCAAUCGCAACUCGACAUUUUUCCAUGUCUGCCAUACUUGUCUACAUUUAGACAGUUCAGCCAGUGUCCACCAGGAACGCGGCCGAGUGAUAAUCCCC